AAAAGUGGGGGGCUAUGGCCCCUCCGACUCCCCCCUCCGUGGCGUGGGUACUAAAAAGUUUUUCAAAAAUUCCAAAGGAAACAGAUGUUUGCUUUUGUGGUUUAAUUAAUUUUUAUAAUUAAAUAAUUAAUUAUAAAAUCCACUGAUCUAUAAAAAAGACUUUUAUAGACAUGUGGUUAAAUCCAUUUGACACAAGCCUUAUCAAUUUGCCUCGCUUUCGUGUUCCCUAAAGGAAGAGGCCACUGCAAGAGGCCAAUGAGGAAAACGUGCAAUGUGAUGUCUAUCAACAUCUUAGAAUUUGCUACAUAAUGUGAGGGAAGUAAAGCUUUAAAAUUUUAAACACAGAAAAGUGGAAAUGUUUUCCACACGCAUGCAUGGUGUGUCUUUCCAAACUUUCUCGACUGAAGACAUUAAAAAGCAAAGCGUGAGACAGAUCACAAAUCCAGAAACGUUCGAUGAGUUGCUUCACCCAAAUCCAGGAGGCCUCUACGAUAGGAAUCUUGGACCUACGGACAAAACUGAUAUUUGUGGCUCCUGCGGCUUGAAUUAUGUUUUCUGUCCAGGACACUUAGGCCAUAUUGAACUUCCAUUACCAGUAUAUCAUCCAAUAUUCUUUCGGAUUCUGUUGCAAUUUGUCAAUUUGUCCUGUUACAACUGUCACAGCUUGUUGAUAUCAAGGUCAAAAGAGCAUUUACUUUUAAAGCAGCUGUUUGUCAUUGAAAAGGGCCAGCCAGGACUUAUUUUGGAUCUUGAAGAGAUCUUCAAUGCAGGUCUUUCCGAAAGUGAUCAUCUAAACUAUAACGACAAAGAAGACAGUGUCGUUGAGAGAAUUGAUUCUUUUCUUAACACAGUUUCUGCAAGCAUCCAGGAUUGUCCUGAAAAGACUUCAAAAAACACAACAAAAUAUAGACAGUUGCUGGUAAAAGAAUUUCUUGGAACUACUAAGACCAAGAAGUGCCCUAGGUGUACAGCCCAGGCAAGAGUUUUCAAAUCACAAUACAAUUCAAGGUUGUACAUGAAACCACUUUCUGCAAAGGCAGCUAAGAGACAACACACUUUGAAAACUGAAAGCAACAUCACAGAGACAGAAAAUGUUGAUGAAAACAAAGAAAAUGAUCCACAAGAAGAAAAGGAGUUGGAUGGUGAAGAAGUGGAGAAUGGAAAGCAAGCCAAUCAAACUUUUGUAAACCCAAUUGAGGUCAGAGACCAUCUUCGAAAAGUCUUCCAGAAAAGCAAGGAUCUUCUUAAAGCUAUUUUUGGCAGCACCUUAACAACAGAAAGCGCAGACCUUAAUUCGGUGGACAUGUUUUUUAUUGAUUUGGUUGCUGUUCCGCCAUCAAGGUUCAGACCGGUAUCUAGUUUUGGCGAAAAGAGAUUCGAAAACCCACAGACGGCAAAUCUGAACAGAAUUCUCAUCGAUUGUAAACUGGUUUGCAAAUGUUUGGAAGAGACGCAGAAGAAAGACAAAGACGCAGAGGAUAACGGGCAGACAACUAUUACGAUGACCACAAGAAGGAAAAACAGUGCCCCUAUUGGAGUAACUGGUAAGACACCAGCUGAGAGGCUUCAGAAUGCUUGGAUAAAGUUGCAGAUUGAUGUGAAUUGCCAUAUGGAUAGCGACCUUGACAAACUAUCCAUGGACAAAGUUCCUGGGAUACGGCAGCUGCUUGAAAAGAAGGAAGGACUUUUUCGCAAACACAUGAUGGGAAAGCGUGUUAACUUUGCGGCAAGAUCUGUAAUUUCACCUGACCCUUACCUGAACACAGACGAAAUUGGAAUUCCUGAGAUCUUUGCGAAAAAACUGACGUAUGCACAACCUGUUACGCCCUGGAAUUGCCAGAAACUCAGAACAGCUGUAACCAAUGGGCCUAACAACCAUCCUGGAGCCGUGAUGGUUGAGCAUGAAGACGGUAGAAAAGUGAUAUUGAGUGCUACCAACAAAAGCCAAAGGGAGGCUAUCGCAAAAAGGCUGCUUACUCCGGUUACAAAUGAAAAGCCUCAACUCGGUUGCAAAAAGGUUUACAGGCAUCUUGUCACUGGGGACGUUAUGUUACUGAACAGACAACCGACUUUGCAUCGCCCAAGUAUAAUGGCACAUAAGGCAAGAGUCCUUCCAAAUGAACGAACAAUACGUUUGCACUAUGCCAAUUGUAAAGCAUAUAACGCAGACUUUGAUGGCGAUGAAAUGAAUGCACAUUUCCCACAAAACGAACUGGGACGCUCGGAGGCAUACAAUCUUGUGAGCACCAAUUUCCAGUAUCUAAGUCCAAAGGAUGGCAAGCCCUUAAGUGGACUUAUUCAAGAUCAUGUUGUGUCAGGAGUAUCAAUGACAAGUCGAGGCGUUUUAUUCAAUAAAGAGGAUUAUCAUCAACUUGUCUUUGGAGCUUUGACUGACAAGCCCGGGAAGUUAGUCGUUUUGCCUCCAUGUAUAUUGAAGCCAGAGCGACUUUGGUCAGGAAAACAGGUUAUCUCCACCGUUUUGGUCAAUAUCAUACCAGAUAAAAACCGACUGAACCUAGAUAGCAAAGCCAAGGUUAAUGACACCAACUGGCCGAAAACUCACAAGAAGCAGGCUGCCUCGCCACUUUUACGAAACGUGAUAAAAGAUCCUUUUCUUAAUGAAGUAUUUGUUAUCAUAAGGUCAGGAGAAAUUAUGACAGGGAUUUUGGAUAAGAACCAAUAUGGUUCUUCGCAAUUUGGUCUUGUGCAUUGCGUCUAUGAAGUAUAUGGUGGGGUUACCUCUGGCAAGCUUCUCUCGGCACUUGCGAGGCUGUUUACUAUCUACUUACGUUUGCGGGGAUUCAGUCUGGGUGUAGAAGAUAUUCUUGUAACGCAGAAAGCAAACAGAAAAAGAUGGCAGCUGAUCGAAUCUAGCCGAUGCUGUGGAGAGGAAGCAGCUGCUUCUGCCCUUGGUUUGCCAGAGAAUUGUGAAAGAAACGAGCUGACAGAACGAUUGCAAAAAGCACAAUACUCUAAUCAGGGCAUUGACCUGAAGCAGUUGGAUUUAGCAAUGAAGAAACAAACGGAUAUGUACCAAAAUAAGAUAAAUUCGGCAUGUGUUCCACAAGGUCUUUACAGGCAGUUCCCAGAUAAUUCAUUGCAGCUAAUGGUUCAGUCAGGAGCAAAAGGGUCGUCUGUUAACUGCAUGCAGAUCUCUAGUUUACUGGGACAGAUUGAGUUGGAAGGACGGAGACCCCCGUUAAUGCUUUCAGGUCGUUCUUUGCCUUCUUUCCUCGCCUACGAUACAAGUCCAAGGGCCGGGGGUUUUGUCGAUGGCAGAUUCCUUACCGGCAUUAGGCCGCAAGAGUAUUUCUUUCACUGCAUGGCUGGUCGUGAGGGUUUGGUUGACACUGCCGUAAAGACUAGUCGUUCAGGCUAUCUCCAACGAUGCCUCAUCAAGCAUUUGGAAGGCCUCAUGGUGCAAUAUGAUCUGAGUGUGAGGGACAGUGAUGGCUCCGUAGUGCAAUUCCUAUAUGGCGAUGAUGGUGUCGAUGUACUUAAAUCCCAGUACCUAGGCGGUAAUCAGUUCCAGUUCAUUGCAAGGAACUACAAGUGCUAUAUGCGGCAGUUAAAGCCUCAUUUGGCUUUGAAGGCAAUGGAAAAAGAGGAGGCUACCAAAAAGGCCAAAAAGGUAAAAAAAUGGAUCAAUAAACACGGAAUGCCUACAAGCUCAACAUUUAUUCAUUCGAAAAAGUCUCCCUACUUGUUAUUUGAAGAUGACCAUAAGGAAACGCUGUUGAGUAGAAGCCAACAUUCCUCCGAGGAGGUACAAGAGCAACUCUUCAAUUCUUGGGCAAAUCUUAAUGCGCCUACAAAACACAGCUACGAGUCAAAAUGCCGUCCGUGUCCGGACCCUGUUUUGUCCAUUCUCCGUCCAGAUUGCCACUUUGGCUCCAUUUCAGAGGCAUUUUUCGACACGCUGAAUGAGUACAUUGCAAUGAACCCAAAUUGCCUACUUAGCAAAGAAAAUGACAGAAAACUCGUUCGCACAGAUCAGUUUUAUGCUUUGAUGCUAUUCAAGUAUGCAAGAUCGCUGGCAGAGCCAGGUGAAGCUGUAGGCCUUCUUGCCGGACAAUCCAUAGGUGAACCCUCCACACAGAUGACACUGAAUACAUUCCAUUUCGCUGGCCGUGGUGAGAUGAACGUCACCUUGGGAAUUCCUCGUCUCAGAGAGAUUCUCAUGACUGCGAGCAGUGCCAUCAAAACCCCAACGAUGGAUGUUUUAGUAUGGGAUGGCGCAGCUGCUUUGAAACAAGCUAAAAAGUUGCAGAAAAAGCUUAACAGAGUCACCUUAUCAGAUGUUAUUCAGAAAAUUGAAGUUUUCGAGAGCCUUGCCAAGGAUACAAAGUCAGGAGCUAAAGAGAGGUACAGACAGUUCAGAAUAAGAAUGGAAUUCUUGCACCGAUCUGUUUACAAGGAUGAUUAUUCAGUCACGCCCAAAGACAUUCUGGUUUACGUUGAAAGAUUUUUUCUGCGAAGGAUUAUUAUGGCAGUGAGGAAGUUGUGCAGAGUCAAGGCAGUCGAGAAGCAAAUGAAGGCGAUGGAGGAACGAUUGGAGACCGCCGCAAGUUUUGAAGACGACGGUAGAGAUCAGGGAGGGUUUCUGGACGAAGAUGAAAAUGACGACGUAGCUGAUGUUUCGGAUGAAGAACUUGCUGGGGAUGACGAUGCUGCAAACAGCAAGAGCAAGAGCAGGCAAAUGCAGUUUUCGUCAUAUGAUGAACCAGAUGAUGAAGAGAAAGUGAAUCAGAGUGAAUCUGAUUCUGAAGAUGAAAGCUCAAGAAAACGUUCCCCCGACGCUGCUGGUGUUGUUACAGAUGAUGCAGAAGUACUGGAAAAUGAGGCCGGUGCUUUGGAAAACGAGGCAGCUGGUGAAACGGAAAAGGAAAAAAGAUUGACGAGCGUUUUGAGCCUGGAUACUGUCCUGGAUUACAGCUAUGAUGAGAAGAAAAACUUGUGGUGUGACGUCACUGUUAAGUUUCCAGUAACAGGAACUAAAGUCAUGUUGCUUUCAUUGAUCGAAGCUCUUGCAGAAAAGGCUGUUGUUAAUGAAGCUAUCGGUAUCAAACGAGCAUUUUUGUCGGAAAGCAUCGCGAAAGGAGAGGAGGGAAAACACCGUAUGAAAACAGAAGGAGUCAACAUUUUGGAAUUAUGGCAUUACCCUGAGAUAUUGCAACUGUCCAGUUUAUAUUCAAAUGAUAUACAUGCUGUUGCAAGGACUUAUGGGAUUGAAGCUGCUAGACAGGUCAUUAUCAAGGAAAUCACAAAUGUUUUCAGAGUCUAUGGCAUUCAGAUAGACCCGCGCCAUCUUUCUUUGGUGGCUGAUUACAUGACGUUUGAAGGCAGCUAUAAACCUUUCAACAGACAAGGCAUCGAGAGCAAUCCAUUCCCUCUACAAAAAAUGACGUUCGAAACAACCACACAUUUUCUGCGCGAGGCUUCUGCGUUUGGGCGCGUGGACACUCUUGAUUCUCCUUCCUCCAGGCUUGUUGUUGGGCGUGUUGUAAAGUCGGGUACCGGGAUUUUUGACUUAAGACAGCCUCUUAAAUGGUAAUAAGACAUGCGAAUUAUAGUUGAUUCGAGAUAAGCAUGCUUAGCUAUGUUAAUUUUGUGUAUUUCUCUGAAGUCCUUGAAUUGCAAGUGUUGCAGUGGCUCAGUGGUGCUAUAGUGCGAAGAUAACAAUGGCCUUUCUUUAAACUUAACCAUUGCGCAUUUCUCUUUAUCACUGAUCUCUUCAUUUAUGCCUUAUUACGUAAAAGAUCUAUGAACUGUCGUAAUAAGGACCUUCUUAUAUUGAGAACAAAUUACUAUAUAAACUUAAAUAAUCCAAAGCUUGCUGUUAAGAUCAGUGCGAGGCCUUCUUUAGCUCGGGAUGUGAUUUCUCAUAUGCAAACGCGAUUACAUAAAUCAAUACUUGAUUCUAUUCAUGUACGUUUAACUCAAUUCGUGUUAAAUCAGUGUCAAACACCAACAUACAACACAACUGUAUGAGACGUUCACAAAACCCCAUCCUUGCAAAUGUCAGACUCUGCAGUUGCUCAAGGGACAAGAUCAGAAUGUUUAGGUUCAGCCCCGGAACGGUACGAUUUUAUAUGCCCAUGUCUAUUUUGUAGUUCCGUGGCUUGAAAUUGAAGCCCCGAAAAGGUAAAGCCGUCCUUUUCAACCGGUUUUCCUUCAUCUCAAAGACCACUGAGGUUUUCCGCCACUCCCUUCCGAACCGAAUCUACUUUAAAUUUAUUCUGCUCCCUUGAUUGAUAAUCGUCUGGUUGCGAUAUAUACUAUACAACCAUUUCAAAUAUAUAAAAAUUUGUUUGCUGAAGCAUUUUGCCAUAACAAGUCGUAUAUCUUCUAUCUCCCUUGGAAACC